GAUUUUGCCUUUUUUUCUUCUGAUUAUCUGUCUCUCUCACCGCUUGAUCAGGGUUGUCGACUUUCUCGCAAAUCGUUUCUUUCCCUUCGCUUUAUCUUGUUCUCUUCUUUUUUAUUGAUUUGAUGGUCUUUACAGUUUCGGAUGAAGAUGCAUCAUCGUUGUGUUCCUUCGCAUCAGAUUCUACAGUUUCGCGAAACUACUGGACAGAACGUCCUCCUUCUUCCUAUUCCCUCAAAAUCCAGAAUCUCUCACAACUCAUCGGUGAAAAUUACCAAUCUCGUCGUUUCUUAGCAAAUGACUACAUGUGGAGAUUAAUUAUACAUCCGAAAGGGAAUGAAAAGGACAAUGGAAGUGGAUUCAUUUCGAUGUACGUUGAAAUAGACGGCGUAAUUGAGGUGUCUGCAUAUCUCACCUUCUUUGUCUAUAACAAGAAAGCAAACAAAUACUUUUGUAUUGAAGAUACAGAGGUGAGGCGAUUUAAUGCAUUUAAGAAGGUGUGGGGAUGUUCUCAAAUGCUUCCGGUUGAGAUAUUCAAUGAUCCUAAAAAUGGAUAUAUCUUUGAGGGAGAUCAAUGCGAGUUUGGUGUUGAUGUGAUUCUUGAUUCACCCCUUACCAACUGGGAAGUCGUCUCUUUUAACAAGAAACUCAAUGUUCCCAAAUUCUCCUGGAGUGUCAAGCAUUUCACGAUGCUGAGAGACAAUCUCUACACAACGAAUAGAUUUUCAGUGGGAGGAAAGACAUGGGUACUAAAGCUGUAUCCCAAGUGCUUCUCUACAUCAGAUAACAAAUGGCUAUCCAUUUUUCUUCAUCUAGCUGCUGACAAUGAAAGAUUUAUAGCGGAUGAGAGGAUUUACACGCUAGGUCAUCUCCGAGUUCUUGAUCCUUGUGGAUCCGAUCACAUCACAGAGAAAUUUAUUUGUUGGCACGAUGCAUCAAACUCAGGCUGUGGUAACGACAAAAUUGUGUCAAUGACUAAGCUUAGGGAGGCAUAUUUGGACGAGGAAGACACUUUGAGCUUAGAGAUUGAAUUCGAUGUUGUUUCUACAACUAAUUACUCUCCUGACGUCUAAGCUCUCCCACUUUUUGUUUUUACUCUCUUUUCGUUAGGUUUUCGUUAUGCAUUGACAUUUCUUUUCUUCAUAUGAAUUUAUUUUGGAAAUUAAAAAUUUCAGUUGGGGAA